AUGCCCAGGCAUCAUGCCUUCGCCAAUGGCUACGGAGAUGACAAGAAGCGGGAUAGCGACGUGUACAGAUCCUACACGGACCGCUCAGACCUUGAAUCCAAAUACAUAUGGGGCAUGAACGACCUACAUGACCCUGACGACGAGAAAGAUGCAAAACGAUUUCACAACUACAAGCCCGCGCGAAGUCCGCUGCAGAACAGAUCCCGCCUGAUCAAACAGUUCGCCGCCGGCGUUAUACUGUUCGUCGUCUUCUUAUACACAUUCCUGCCCUCGUCGCAGUUUCGCGAGCAGUCUCCUACAGAUGUCUUUGAGGUCUACGACAUAGAAACAUUACGAUACUACGAUUUGAGCGAUAAUGUCGGCACGUCAGUAGGAUGGGAACGGGAAGAAAGAGUGCUCCUCUGCACACCUUUACGAGAUGCCGCACCGCAUCUGCCCAUGUUCUUUGCACAUCUUCGAAAUUUCACAUACCCACACCACCUUAUCGACCUUGCAUUUCUGGUUAGCGACUCGAAAGACAACACCGAAUCCCUUCUUACCGAACUGCUUGAGGCACUACAGAAUGACGAAAGUCCAACAAUGCCAUAUGGCGAGAUAUCAGUGAUACACAAAGAUUUCGGCCAGGCCGUGGGUCAAGAUGUGGAGAGCAGACAUGGCUUUGCAGCGCAGGCAGGUCGGCGGAAGCUCAUGGCUCAGGCUCGCAACUGGCUGCUAAGUGCAGCAUUGCGGCCAUACCAUAGUUGGGUGUAUUGGAGAGAUGCAGACGUUGAGACGUGCCCAUUCACGAUCCUGGAAGAUCUCAUGCGGCACGACAAGGAUGUCAUUGUGCCUAGUAAAUGUUUGGCGACCUUUGCCCGACUGGCUCGGUGGAGAGCAACCCUACGAUCUCAACUCAUGCAAGAAUCCGAGACCGCUCUCGCACUGGCCGAUACACUAGACGAAGACGCUGUCAUAGUAGAAGGCUACGCAGAAUAUGCUACAUGGCGACCACAUCUGGCAUACCUUCGAGAUCCCUACGGCGACCCGGACGUUGAGAUGGAGCUGGACGGCGUCGGAGGUGUUUCCAUCCUCGCCAAGGCACGAGUCUUCCGAGCUGGAGUUCACUUCCCAGCUUUCUCAUUCGAGAAACACGCCGAGACCGAAGGCUUUGGCAAGAUGGCGAAGCGGAUGAAGUUCUCCGUCGUGGGGCUUCCGCACUAUACCGUGUGGCAUCUCUACGAACCCUCCGUGGACGAUCUGCGGCAUAUGGAGGAGAUGGAGCAAGAGAAGAAAGCGCGCGAGCAGCGAGAGAAAGACGAAGCAGAGCAGAAACAAAAGGCCAAAGUCGAGUUUGAGUACGUCGACGAGGACUGGGCCAAGGUGAAAGAAGGCAUGGCUGGAGAGGCUGCGAAACAUAAAGGAGCAGGGGCGACGGAAAGAGGCUACAAGACCGCCGCUGAACCGGAGCUGGAUCCUUGA